AUGGCGGACGUCUCCCAACCAAGGCUCGUUUACUUUGGCAACGAGUUCCCCAACGACGACCUGAAUGAAUUAUUCCGCAAACUCCUCCAGCACAGCAAAGAUCGACGGUUCCGCUCGCUCUCUGCGUUUCUGGACGAGGCCACUCUUGUCCUCCAGGAGGAAAUUGCAAAACUCCCCCACAAUGUUCGAAGCCAGGUACCUCACUUUGACAACAUUGUAACACUCUCAGAAAAUGGAUACCUUCGGGAACUCGGACUCGGGGCCGCCAUGGAAAGCGCGUUGCUAAUUGUCCUUCAACUCGCCCUGUUCAUCGGACACUACGAAGCAAAGGACGCAGAACUCAAUCUGCACAAGGACCACACUGCCCUGGCCGGUCUCAGCGUCGGCCUCUUCUCCGGCGCGGCCGUGGCACUCUCUACUUCUCUCGCCGAGGUGGUCAAGAACGGAGCCGAAUGCCUGAGAGUCUCCUUCCGGCUCGGCGUCCACGUCGCCGACUUCAGCAGCAAGCUGGAAGCGCCUCAGCCAGACGGCAUCCUCGAGAGCUGGGCACACGUCAUCACAGGCACGUCCGAAGAGUCCGCCAGCGAGGAGCUAGCGCGAAUCAACAAGGAGCUUGGGAAUCCCGAAAUCGCAAAAGUCUUCAUCAGCGCCGCCGACAAAGCAUCCGUCAGUCUGAGCGGACCGCCGUCCCGGAUCAAGGCUGCCUUCCAGCACUCGAGCAGUUUGCGAUACGCCAAGUCCCUACCUCUGCCUGUUUACGACGGGCUCUGCCACGCCAAGCAUCUCUAUGCACAGGAGGAUAUUGAUGCCGUCAUUGACGGGGCGAACUCCCUCGUUGCGCCGUCGCGGACGCUGCAGAUUCCACUGAUCUCGUCCAAGACGGGGAAGCCGUUUUUGGCCACGACGGCUGGUGAGUUGUUGCCAGAGAUUGCGGCCGAGCUGAUCACUGGAACGAUUUAUCUGGACAAUGUGACCGAGGGCAUAGUCCGCCAUGCCGGGUCCGUUUCCGGCGCUGAAGAGCUGCGGAUCGACACGUUCCGCACCUCGAUAGUCUUCAAGGGGAUUCUGGAGACGCUUGAAAGUAGCUUCCCCGGCAGGGAAAUGGUCAAGAAUGACAUGGUCAGCUGGGUUCAUCGAGACUUUGGCACUCGCCAGGCGAGCAAUGCCGGGAAUGCCAAGCUUGCCAUCGUCGGCAUGGCGUGCCGUAUGCCUGGCGGAGGGAAUGACCUUGAGCAGUUUUGGGAAUUGCUCGAGCAGGGCCGUGACGUCCACACGACGGUUCCUCCGGAUCGAUUCGAUCUGGAGACUCAUUACGAUCCCUCUGGCAAUACCGAGAACGCGGCGACUACCCCCUACGGGAACUUUAUCGACCGCCCUGGCUUUUUCGACGCAGGUUUCUUCACAAUGUCUCCAAGAGAGGCUGAGCAAACAGAUCCCAUGCAACGCCUUGCGCUCACGACAGCCUACGAGGCCAUGGAGAUGGCUGGCCUUGUUCCCGGCCGCACCGCGUCGACUCGCCGUGAACGCAUUGGAACCUUCUAUGGCCAGGCAAGUGACGAUUGGCGGGAGCUGAAUGCCUCGCAGAAUAUCGGCACGUAUGCGGUUCCAGGCGGCGUUCGAGGCUUCACCACCGGCCGUAUAAACUACUUCUUCAAGUUUGCCGGCCCGUCUUUCUGCGUCGAUACAGCCUGUUCCAGUUCAAUGGCUGCAGUUCACCAGGCCUGUAUGGCUCUAUGGGCCGGCGAGACGGAUACCGCCAUUGCCGGAGGCGUAAACAUCAUCACCGACCCGGACAACUAUGCAGGUCUUGGUAACGCCCACUUCUUGUCCAAGACGGGACAGUGUAAAGUCUGGGAUAAGGACGCCGACGGAUACUGCAGAGCUGAGGGUAUCGGAUCUAUUGUGAUCAAGCGGCUAGAGGAUGCCGAGGCGGAUAAUGAUAACAUCUUGGCUGUUGUGCUAUCUGCUGCGACAAAUCACUGUGCAGAUGCCAUCUCAAUAACUCACCCACACGCAGGACACCAGAAGGAUAACUAUCGACGAACUCUCCAGAAAGCUGGGGUCAACCCUCUAGAUGUCAGCUUUGUCGAGAUGCACGGCACUGGAACGCAAGCCGGCGAUGCCAUUGAAUCAGAAUCCGUUCUGGACGUAUUCGCCCCUAUAAAGCCUCGCCGCCGUGCAGAUCAGAAGCUCCUUCUCGGGGCUCUGAAAAGUAAUAUUGGCCAUGGCGAAGCCGCUGCCGGUAUUUCCUCACUUAUCAAGGUUCUUCUCAGUUUCCAGAAGAGUGCCAUUCCUCCCCAUGUCGGCAUCAAGACGCAGAUCAAUCCUACGAUACCAAAGGAUCUUGAUCGCAGAAACGCCGGUCUGGCAAUGGAAAUGACCCCGUGGCCUCGUCCCGAGGGGAAGAAGCGCAUCGCCAUGGUAAACUCCUUUGGUGCCCACGGCGGCAAUACGACGCUUCUUCUCGAAGACCCCCCCGAGAGAUAUCGACCUCGCAUCAGCCCCGAGAGUGCAGACGGGCGUGCUCUACACCCGAUUGUCAUUUCAGCCAGAAGCAAGAAGUCGCUGCAGGCCAACCUCCAAAACCUCCUGGACUACCUGGAUAAGAACGCCGACGUAGACCUGGCUGAUUUAUCCUACACCACUUGCGCAAGACGUAUGCAGCACAACCUGCGCGUUGCGACGGCCGUCUCAAGCGUCUCCGGGCUUCAGAAGUUCCUGCGCACUGCCAUCGACAACAAGGCCGGAUCUGAAGCCAAGCCUAUCCCGCCAAACGCACCCUCGGUCGUUCUCACAUUUACCGGCCAGGGUGCUUCUUACAAGGGCAUCCGGCAAGAACUGUUCGACGAGAUGCCGUACUUUCGCGACCAGGUCCUGCAGCUUGACCAGCUCGUCCAGCGUCUUGGGUUCCCAUCCGUUGUCCCUGCCAUCACAGGCAGUGAUGACGACGAGGUCCUGUCCCCCGUCACCAGCCAGCUCAGCAUUGUUGUUUUGGAGAUUUCCCUCGCUCGAUUCUGGGCAUACAUGGGGGUAAAGCCAAGCGCCGUUGUUGGCCACAGCCUCGGUGAAUACGCUGCCCUUGCCGUCGCCGGUGUGCUGUCCGCCGCCGAUGCCCUCUAUCUCGUCGGUCGCCGGGCACAGAUUACCGAGCAGCGCUGCCAUGCUUAUAGCCAUGCGAUGCUGUCGGUCCUGGGGACCCCUGAAGAGAUUGACCGGGUGUUGAAGAGCGGCGCGGAGACGGCAGCCAUCCGAUAUGAAGUCUCCUGCCAGAACACGCACACGGAUACUGUGCUUGGAGCUUCAAAGGUUGACAUUGACACCAUCCGCAGGGUUCUCGAGGCAAAUACUUUCAAGUGCGUGUCUUUGGAGAUUCCGUUUGCCUACCACACGUCUCAGAUGGACGCUGUCGUGGACGAGCUGGAAGUCCUGGCACAGACAAUCCCCUUCAAGGCUCCUAGUAUCCCCGUCCUGUCUACUAUGCUUGGGGCUGUUGUUUUUGAUGGAAAGACGAUUGGCGCUGGCUAUCUUCGACGUCAGACUCGGAGUUGUGUCAAGUUUGCGGCUGCCGUUGAGGCUGCGCGGGAUCUGGGAAUCGUCGAUGACGGUACGAUCUGGAUCGAUGUCGGUCCUCAUCCCGUCUGUGUCGGCUUUGUGAAGAAGAUUAUCCCACAGGCGAGAAUUGGGUCAUCUUGCCGACGGAACGAGGACAAUAUUUCGACCGUCGCCAAGACGCUGGUUACUCUGCACCUCGCUGGCAUUACGCCCAACUGGAACGAAUACUAUAGAGCCAAUGAGAAGGCGUACACUUUGCUCAACCUGCCCAAAUAUUCUUGGAACGAGACAAAUUACUGGAUUCCGUACUAUGGCACGUGGGCUCUCGACAAGGCCCAUCUGAAGUAUGGAGGCAAGCCUGGAAACAAUCGUAUCAAUGGGGCAUCUGUUUCUUCUGGACUUCGAACCUCCACUAUUCACCAGGUUACCCAUGAGGUUAUUGAAGAUACCAGAGCAUCUCUACACGUACUGUCUGACAUUCAGCAUCCAGAGUUCCGUGAAGCUGUAUACGGCCAUACCAUGAAUAAGUGCGGAGUUGCGACAUCAUCCAUCUGGACAGACAUGGCGUUAGCCGUAGGUGAAUACCUCUACAAAAAGCUGCAGCCGCAAGUCAAAGACGUCCACAUGAACGUUUGCAAUCUCGAAGUCCUUCACGCGCAGGUCGCCAGCAAAGCCAAAGGCGCCUACCAGCCCCUGGCCCUCCACGCCGACCUGGACUUGGACAAGCAACACAUGUCCCUUGCGUGGUACAACGUCAACCCAGACACGUCGGAGCGCGAGGCCGAACACUUCGCAACGGCAGCCGUCCUCUUCGAGGAUCCCGCAAGCUGGACCACGGAGUGGAAGCGCACCGCGCACCUGGUUCUCGGACGCAUCGAGGCCCUGCAGCAGCUCGCCAACGAGAACAAGGCCAACCGCGUCUCCAAGCGCAUGGCCUACGCCCUGUUCAAGAAGGUGGUAGACUACGCCGAGCAGUACCGCGGCAUCGACAGCAUGAUUCUGCACGAGUACGAGGCCGUGGCCGACGUGACUCUCGCGAAGGAUCGCCACGGCACCUGGCACACGCCUCCUCACUGGAUCGACAGCGUCUGCCACCUCGCCGGCCUCAUCAUGAACGGCAGCGACGCCUCAAACACCGACGACUACUUCUACGUCACGCCCGGCAGCGACAGUCUCCGGUUCCUGAAGCCCCUCGAGCCAGGGGGCAAGUACAAGAGCUACGUGCGCAUGUUCCCGCUGCCCGUCGACGCGGGAAACAUGCACGCCGGCGACGUGUACAUCCUGCAAGGGGAUGAUAUAGUCGGCGUGUUGAGUCAGAUUCGCUUCCGGCGCGUGCCUCGACUACUGAUGGAUCGCUUCUUCUCUGCGCCCUCUGCGCACAACGGCGAGAUGAUCUCUUCCUCUGCCGCUCGUGUCAAGAGUACACCGGCACCGGUGUCUCCAGAGGCCGUUCGUACGCCCAAGACUGUUGUGGUCGCUGCCGAAAAAGCUGUGGUUCAGGAGUCGGAUGGAGGCGGUCUGACGAGCGCAUCCUCCGGCAGCAGCGAUGCCAGCGCGGAGAUUCACACGCCCCCGGAGGCGGUGGAGGAUACGAGCGUUGUAGGGCAGUGUAUUCAGAUUAUUGCGCGCGAGACCAACUUGGACAUGGGGGAGCUGACGGCCGACGCUACCUUUACUCAACUUGGCGUCGACUCGCUCAUGUCCUUGGUCUUGUCGGAGAAGUUUCGCAACGAGCUUGGAAUUGAUGUCAAGAGCUCGCUGUUUCUGGAGUGCCCGACCAUUGGCGAGGUCAAGGCGUGGAUUGAUCAGAAUUGCUGA